CAGCCAUGGAGAAAAAGCUUUAUUGCAUUUUUGCAUAUGCAUUCCUAAUUACCAUAUCCUUCCAAAUGCUUUCUUCUGAAGCCAAACAACCUAUGAGCCUUGCAACUGAUCAAACUGCCCUUCUUUCACUCAAACAACACAUCACCUCCGACCCUUCUCUUUUACUUUCAACUAAUUGGACCAAUUCGAGCUCCGUCUGCAACUGGAUUGGCGUCGCUUGCAGCUUGCGCCACCAAAGAGUAGCUGCGUUGAAUCUCUCCAACAUGGCUCUCUCCGGCACCAUUCCACCACAGCUCGGACACCUCUCCUUCCUUGUCUCCCUCGACCUCACCAAGAACCUUUUCCAUGGAGAUUUGCCUCAUGAGCUGUCUCUCCUUCGCCGUUUGAAGUUCAUAUCUCUCCGACUCAACAACUUUGGUUCCAUCCCAAAAUCGCUCUCAAACCUAACAAACCUACAAUUUCUUGACUUAACUUCCAAUUCUCUAAGUGGAGAAAUUCCAAAAGAGUUUGGAAGACUUCAAAGUCUACAGUAUUUGGGGGUUCAGUCCAAUCGUCUAUCCGGUGCUAUACCAUCAACCAUAUUCAACUUAUCGACUCUUGUAGUUCUAGCAUUGAGAAACAAUGAACUGAGUGGAAGUCUUCCAUCAGACAUGUGCCGUAAUCUUCCAUCUCUUACUGGGCUUUAUCUUUCUGAUAAUCAGCUGAGUGGUGCGAUUCCCACAAAUCUAUCCCAAUGUUCACGGCUUGAGAUUUUGGGCCUUUCUUACAACUCUUUUAAUGGGCAGAUACCUUUAGAAAUCGGUUACAUAACAUCUCUUCGGGAUUUAGCUCUUGGUGGUAACAACUUGAACGGAAUACUACCACAUGAGAUUGGCAAUCUUCAGAGCCUGGUUACGUUUGCUGUUGAAAAGAAUGAGAUUACGGGCUCAGUUGAUUUCAGUAUUUUCAUGAAUAUGUCUUCUCUGCAAAACAUAAAUCUAGGGACCAACAAAUUCACGGGGAACCUUUCAAGGGAUGUCGGGAAUAUUACCAUGCUAACAAAUUUACACCUCACGGAAAACUAUUUUACAGGGCUUAUUCCCUCUGAAUUUGGCCAACUUUACCAUUUGGAGACAUUAGUACUACAGUUGAACAGCUUGAUUGGUUUGAUUCCACAAGAGCUCUUUAACAUUUCAACUCUUCGGAUUCUUUCACUUGUUAAUAAUGCUCUGUCAGGGGUUCUUCCAACGCAUUUAUGCCAUGCCUCUCCCUUUCUUAAAAGAUUGUUUCUUGGCAAUAAUUCCAUGAGUGGAGCAAUACCCAACUCUAUCUCGAACUGUUCUCAACUCACAAUUCUCUCACUUGCUGGAAACAAAUUUAGUGGUUAUAUACCUACUGAUCUCGGCAACCUAAGGCAUCUCCAACGUCUUUCUCUGUUCAGCAACAAUCUUACCCAGACACCGUCUUCUUCCUUCAUUACUUCAUUGACAAAUUGCAGGUUUCUAACUGAUUUGUUAAUUGCUGAUAAUCCUCUAUACGGUGUCAUUCCAGCUUCCGUUGGGAACUUAUCUUCCAUGCUUCAAGUAUUCGCUGCCAGAAACUGCAAAUUUAGUGGCAACAUUCCUAUUGAAAUAGGCAAUUUAAGCAAUUUGGUGACAUUGGCUUUGCAUGUCAAUGAGUUAUCCGGUAAUAUUCCACCAACUAUCAAACAUCUGCAUGAACUUCAAGGAUUAAUUCUGUCUAAUAACAUGUUGGGAGGCUCAAUUCCACAUGCUAUAUGUGAUUUAUUCAGCCUAAAUACAUUUGUUAUUAGCAGGAAUCAAUUUUCAGGUCCGAUUCCGAAAUGCUUGGGAAAUGUCUCUUCUUUGAGAGAUCUCUUUCUAGACUCCAACAUGUUGAAUUCAAGCAUACCUUCAAGCUUAUGGGGCCUAAAAGAUUUGAUCAAGCUAGACUUGUCCUCGAAUUCAUUGAAUGGGUUCUUACCUAAUGAGGUAAGUAACUUAGGAGCAGCAAUAUAUAUAAACCUAUCAAUGAAUCAGUUGUCAGAUUCUAUUCCUAGCACUAUUGGGAAGUUGCAGGAUUUGGUUAAUUUGUCUUUGGCAAAUAAUAGACUAGAAGGUUCUAUUCCUGUGUCUGUGAAAAGCAUGAUCAGUUUGGUAACUCUUGACUUAUCCUACAACAACCUCUCCGGUUCAAUUCCAAAGUCUUUGGAAGCACUUCAACACCUCGUCUACUUUAAUGUUUCUUUCAACAAUUUGAUUGGAGAAAUUCCUAACGGCGGUUCGUUUAGAAACUUCACUAUGGAUUCUUUUAAGGGUAAUGAGGCAUUGUGUGGAAUCCUGAGGUUCCAUGUCCGGAGUUGCCCUGUAGUUUCAAAUCAUGGAUCAACGAGGAAAAAGGUGGAACGAGCUUCUUUUAUUGUUUUUGGGGUUGUGGCUUUUAUCUCACUUGUUUCAUUGGCCUUCAUAGUUGUCAGAUACAAAAGAAAAGAAAAGACAACUAGAGAAGUUGGUGAGCUGAUAUCAAUUGUGCCUGAAAGGAUCUCUUAUUAUGAACUGGUGCAAGCAACUGAUCAAUUCAGUGAAAGCAAUUUACUUGGCACUGGGAGUUCUUGCUCUGUUUAUAGAGGAAUUCUUAACAAUGGGAAGGAUAUCGCUCUCAAGGUGUUUAAUAUGCAGUUAGAAGGUAUAUCAAGAAGAUUUGAUGUCGAAUGUGAGAUACUACGUAGCAUUCGACACAGAAAUCUAACCAGUGUCAUAAGUAGUUGCUCCAAUGAAGAGUUCAAGGCAUUAGUGCUUGAAUAUAUGCCAAAGGGAAACCUUGAAAAGUGGUUAUAUUAUCACAACUAUUGCUUGAAUUUGAUGGAAAGAUUGAAUAUAAUGAUUGAUGUUGCAUCAGCUUUGGAGUAUCUUCACCAUGGUUAUUCAACGCCCAUUGUCCACAGCGACUUGAAGCCUAGUAAUGUGUUGUUAGAUGAAGACAUGGUUGCCCAUGUAAGUGAUUUUGGGAUAGCAAAGUUGUUAUGCGAUGGAGAUAGCUUUGUCCUAACCAACACGCUAGCAACAUUGGGUUACAUCGCUCCAGAGUAUGGUUUGGAAGGGCUAGUUUCGACAAGAUGUGAUGUGUAUAGCUACGGGGUGAUGUUGAUUGAAACUUUUACAAGAAAAAGGCCUAGUGAUGAUAUGUUUUGCGGAGAUUUGAGCAUAAAGAGUUGGGUAGAACUCUCACUUCCAGAGAUGCCAGAUAAAGUGAUAGAUGCCAACUUAGUAAUGAAUUUGAAAGAAGAAGAGUUUGACAAGAAUCUACGGUGUGUAUCAUCCAUUCUUAAACUGGCUUUGAAAUGCUCUACGGACUCUCCCGGGGAUAGAAUCAACAUGAAAGAAGCGCAUGUGGAAUUGCAUAAAAUCAAACGUCGGUUUUUCCUUUGAGAAUGAAGUUUGUUAUUUCAAUGUUUUAUGUUUUUUUCCAAGAUAAUAUGGUUAUGUUACUAUUUUAGUAAGAAAUUUGUAUGGGUUUUAGCCCCAUAACAAUUUGAAUGUAUUAUUUAUAAUCUCGCAAUAAAAU